AUGGCUCGAACGGAUGGCUCAGUGGAAGUGCGCUCGGACGGAAACCGAGUGCGAGUCCCGCACCUCGCUCUUCUGGUAGCUGUGGUAUCGAUAACAACGGAGGCAGAAGUACCUAAAAAAAAAAUUCGUAUACACCUACCACAGACAGUGAAGCAUAUACACCAUCAUAAGAAGAUAUACAUAACGAACCACCCUGCAUCCUCACAGUAUGCCCCGGCAUACAUGCCGAGUGCUGAGGGUUCUAUGGCUAUAUCAAGUAGUGUCAUACCUGGGGUGCCCAACAUAAUGCCAUUGAGUGCUGUCAACAUGUAUAGUGAUCACAAAAUACCAACCGCAUCUCAACUCUUACCUCUUUAUAAUACACGAGGAUACUAUGGGCCUACGCAGUCUACAAUGGAAGACAACGAAUACGACAUAACGCAUGACUUAUCAGACAGUUACGUGCCAUCAGUUUAUUCAACACCUGGACCCAAUAGUCAACGCAACAAGAAGGUGAAAGUUAUCAAGGUCAACGAUCAACCACGGAAAAAGAUAGCCAAGAAAGGCAAACCCAAAAGAGUUCCAGGUCGUCAUAGACAACCUCCACCGCCUCCACCUCCAGCAAGUGAGGUGGAACAUCCUGUAUCUACGUUUCAUGAACAGUUCUACUCAGACUUGCACGGAACUGGUACUAUUAGAAAAAUUAAAAAACCCCCAAGAGUAGAGAAAAUAAUAGAUGGAGAUACUGAACACAUUCAUGAAUAUACUGAGGAACAUAUACAUAAACUGUUGUAUAACGAUAAUCCAACUCGAAACCUGGUGGGACUAAAUCAAAUUCCCAUCAUACCAACACUUGGGAGGCAAACACAACUAUUUCCAUACAAAGGCGCUCAUUCAUUAUUGAUUCCUGCAAAUCAUUAUACUAGUCUGGCACCUGUUGCGCCAUUAACAGCACCAGCGCAACUUGAAUAUGCAGCUUAUAAUCCGCGAGAAGUUACUCAUGAUCAUAUUUUUCAUGACCAUGGUGAAAUUCCCUCUGGCGUAGAAAUAACUAAGGAGACAAUGAGCUCACCUCCUAAAGGUUCAUAUAAUGUUCAGGGUAUUCAUCUGGGUUCAAAGCUACAAAAAGGGAAAAUUCAUCCUUAUAAAAAGCCCAUUAAACCAGUAAAUACGGAUUUUUCUUAUUAUGAAGGUAUUUAUUCAGACAAUAGGCAGAAAAAAACACAGCGCCCAGUUGUAACUCCAACUGCUUUUGGUGCCUCAGAAGAGGACACUGCCAGUUACAGAUCAAUGUCGGAUUUAUCUUAUAAGAAAGAAAAUAUUAAACUACGCAACCAACUAGCAGCUUUAUAUGGAAAAUCUGUUAAUGAUUAUAGAUCAACUUCAUCUAACCCAUCUUCGCCAUUUAGUGUUACCUCGAAAAUCCUUCAUGACUUUAAAGGAAACAACUAUCCGACGUCUGGCUCCGGAUCAAAUGCAUCACCUAAGUAUAAAAAAGACCAGUACGAAAGCUUCAAGGACACUUACGCUAGUAAUCAUCCAUAUGAAUCUUACACGGGCACGUCAAACUUAUUUACUUCUGAAGACAAAAAUGAUGCUUUUUCAUUUGCCACAAAAAAUGGUAAGAAAUCCAUAUCUACACAAAACUUAAACUUUGAAGGUCAGGAGCAUGCAACGUUUGUUGACCAUUUAGGUAACGAGGCUCUUAUUGAUGAUUUAAUUAAUGAUAAUAGUCCAACAGCUUUAGGAGACAUGGAUCAGUAUGAUCAGUCCAUGACUGACUCACAAAAUCCUACAGCAAUCACGUCUAAGUCAUCAACGGCUCCACAAUAUUUCUCUUCGGCUGACGGUAAGCAUAAAGAAGAUGAGACAAUGAUUACAGAAGAGUCAAACAAUAACUAUCAAUUUAAUGAGGUCCCAACGAAAUUAACUGAUAAGUACGUUUCUUCAAUGGCAACAACGCAAACCCCCGAAUCCAACAACAAAAGCACUGAUGAAUCUAAAAGUCAGACUUUAGACGUACCCGAUACUAGGCAAGACAUGAAGGAGAAGGAUUUAAGUAAAAGCUUUAACCAGGAGAACAAAAAUGGACAAUACUUACAGAGAUUCACGGCGGAUCAGUUACGACAUUUUCAAUACCAAUCUCUAAGAGGUAAACGUAAAUAUGGUGAUAAAAUUUAG